UCUGACGUUGGGAACCAGGCCAAACAUCGAUAAGGGGAAAACUAUGCUCGUUUCAGAGGAAAAUGCUCAAUGGUUUGUAUUUUCAAGUACCAACCAGGCCGUUCACAUGAUGAUGACUAAAUAGAAAUAAUAGAUCUCUGAUCCCACCCAGAUUAAACGAUUGCCUGGGGAUCCUGGGGCUCCUACAAAACUGAGCGAAAUUAAAAACUCUUCCGGGCUGUUCUCCGAUGGGGGGCUGUGACAUCUUUCACACGAUAUGGCCACAAAAAUCCACAGAAAGUCAACACAUAAACAUAAAAAAUUCUAAUAAAAUAAAAAAAUGUGUAAACACGACAACACUCUACCACAAAACCAAAUGCAUCUGUAUGAAACAGGACAGGAUUUGUAGUCCCGUCGAUAGAAGUAAUAAAACGAACAUAAAAUAAGAGUAAUUAAUUUCUACAAUGAAACGUACAUGAAAACAAGAGAAGAGUCUGUGGAUAAAAAUAAAAGCAAAUCUAUUGCAUGCAUGAUCAUGCCAAAGCAAAUCAAUCGACGCCCCAUAUCUCGUGAGCCGCGCUCGCUUGCCGAACAUGUGCUAAGUUGCGCAAAAAAAACGCCAGCGAUUUGCGCCAUAUUUUUUUUUACGAUCGAGGCAAUGUACUUCCGCGAUUGAAAAUACAUACAACUUUCCGGUAAAAGGUCGUUUGAAAUAGUGAUUAUCAAACUCUCAAAAGGAUUUCCAAUACGUUUUGAUAAUUAUUCCCUAUUUGAUGUGAAAUUCCACGGUGACGCUGUACCGCUGCGUGCAAUUCCAAUUGUGAACGCAUCAUACUUUUGCAUCGACCUCACAAACCGAAACCGAGUAAAACGAUACUCACCCAUUUUGUUGGCUCCAACGCGCCCUGACAUGACAAAAUAGAAACAAAAUAAAUGACCUGCUUCCAAUGCCCUUUGCAUCCGCGCACUCCUAGCGCACUCGCGAGCUGUAUCAUUUGCUCGCGCCCUCUCGUCCUCCGUGCGCACACACACACACACUCAUACACGCGCCCGCGCCUUCUUUGUCGUUUCCGUAGUGCGAGGGUUGUAAAUGUUUGUUUUGUUUUGUUUUGUUGUCAUCUGCUGCGCAAGAAGCUCUCGGUCGGUCGGCUGGGUGGGUGUGUGUGUUGGUUUGUGGCGUGUCCUGCAGUCGCAGUGCCGUGCUUGUUGUAAUUGUUGUUGACGAAAAGUGGACCAACCGAAUCCAUCUUCUUCCGCCCGACCCUGAUCGCCGGCGAUCCACAUCCACAAGACGACAUCGAGAAUUCUCCGUCGCAGCCGCGGGCCACACACGGGUUUACCGAAGGAGAUGUUCUGCAGCAUCGGCAAAGCGUCCGUCGGUCCAACUUUACCAUUCAUGAAUGCAGUUUCGGGCUGAACUGCCACCAGCAGCUCAUCGCGACCUGUACUCGCUUGGGGAGUGAGUGUUUCUAUUCAGUGGUUCCGUGGCACACAAACCAAACACGGCAAACAGUGACAGCAAGCGACGCGGCAGCCGCGUAAGGAUGUUCUCCAGCAGUGGGCGGCUGCUGAAGCGGCUGGCCGUGCUGGAUUUCGAUCACACCGUCUGCGAACACAACACGGACGUAGUGGUGCGCGAUCUGCUCGGGCCGGGCGGGGUACCGCCGGACGUGCAAAGCAUACUGCGCUCCUGCGGCUGGAUCCCGUACAUGCAGCGCGUCUUCCGGCUGCUGCACCAGGGCGGCUUCCAGCCGAUGGACAUUGCGUCGGCGAUACGCGGCAUACCGGAGGUGCCCGGGAUGAAGUCGUGCAUCGGCAACCUGGUGCGGCACGGGUUCGACGUGAUCAUCAUAAGCGAUUCCAACUCGGAGUUCAUACGGCUGUGGAACGAUUUCAACGACAUCGGCUCGUACAUACACAGCGUGUUUACAAAUCCGGCCCGGUUCGAUGGCAGCGGGCUGCUGGAGCUGCGCCCGUACCACUACCAGACGGAGUGCUCGCUCAGCUCGAAGAACCUUUGCAAGGGCAAGAUAAUGGAAGAGUUCCUGCGCCGGCAGCACGACGAGCGGCAGGUCGAUUACGAGAAGGUGUUCUACGCCGGGGACGGCAAGAACGACGUGUGUCCGAUGUUGCGGCUCGGCAGCAAUGGGUACGCCUGUGCCAGACGUGGCUACUCCUGCCAUGAUGCACUGCAGGGUGCCAUCGGGAAGCUGGAGCACCCGUACGUGGCCAAGGUACUGCAAUGGACGGAUGGGCACGAGCUGAACGACCUUAUAUGGACUGAACUGGAGGACUGAUCUUUACAGCGCCGUACUGUUUUCACCCUGCUCAGCACACCGGUUGCCGAAAUGCUAUUGCAUGUGUGCCGGUGUGCUGUGGUUGGCAUUUUUACAGACUCCAUAAUGAUGGUGAAUAUACUACAUUUUGUUUCAUUUUUUUCCUAAUAAAAUAACGUUGCAAACGAAAAUGCUUGACAUUGCACGCAUGGCAAGGAGCAAGGAGGCAGGAGUGUCGAAAGGAGGUGGUGGGGUUUGUUUACAUUAUGUACGAGAAACGUCAAACGGGCUGCGAUUGCACUGGUUUACCUCAUCGUUGCGGGAAGCGAACGCGCACAAUAAUGUCGACGGUGGCCAAAUUAACUUUCCUUUCCGCCUGUAUCGCGAGUGGCAGUUUAAUCGCUUACGUCCACUACAGUCAAGCCGCUGACCGUGAACGGUUGCACGAAGGAGUACGACGAGAUGUGGAACGGCAACGGCUGAAGCAUCUAUCCGCAACUGGUGCAGGAAAUGAUAUUGUCCCCGUUGAAGGACCGCCGGCCACGAGAGGUGCCGGAUCGCAGCUGCAGAGUUGAAUUGUACAGCAAAGAGUUUUGUCGCGGUGGACGGAUGAUAGUAUAGCAAUAAAAGUGUAGUCCACUUCUUUUUUUUAA